AUGCAUAUACUCGCUUGGCUUGCUUUUGGCGAAUCACCUAUUCCUACCUAUAAAACCAAAAGUCGUAGUUCUGAAGAUUUGAAGUAUUUUCCGGAACUAGAAAUCUUUAUAAGUUUUACGUAUAGGGAAUUCAAGGACACUUGUAAGGCGGAAAAUCAAGUGUGGCUUCAUUCUUUUACCAAAUAAACUAUUGCUAUUUUAUUCUUCUGUGUCCUUCACCCUUUUAUAAUUCUGGGUUUAAGAUUAUUCUGAUAACAGGGAGUAGCGUGUACAAGAUCGUAGAUCGAGUGGAAAGUCACGAAAUAUGAUUAUACGGUUAUUCACAUAUAAAUACAUGAACUAUGCUGCAACUAAAGUUCUUCAGACCUAAAUUUCAGCUGAAGUUACAUUGUUUUUGAUGAAAUCGUUUUCGAGAUGUAGUACGCAAAAUUGUUUGUCAUUUCUACAACUACGAGUGGCUCGAGCCACUCAAUACUCACACCGCUUCAUCAUGAGUUACUUAUAAGUAACUCAUACGUAAUUACGUAUGGGACCAAAGUUAACUUUCCAUGUUACCGUUUAAAGCCAAAUUUAUUCCUUCUUAGUUUCAGGUUCGAUGAUAUCGACCGUUGCAUUAGUUAUAGAUCGUAUUUCGACUUGUGAUAAUGGCGGUUACUAAGCAGCAUAGUCUAUCGUAGGUAUAUGUAUCUGAAUUCUGUCAGUUAAGUGAACAUUAAAAAGUUUAAUUGGUGAUGUUUGUUCAGAUCAAGCGAAUUUGUUGCCUUCUAAACGUCUUUCAUGCUCAGAAUACCGACCUUUUUGGUUUUUGAACAAACAGACGAUGCCUGAGAUGUAUUAAUAUGAAGUGACAAAUUCACAUUUGUAAUGCUAAGUCAAUGUACUCUAGAGACAAGCUAAUUAUAGGAAGUAUUUUCACAUUUUGAAAAAUGUGAGAAUUCUAGGUCAACGUUGUCGGUCAUAUAUCGCCGAGCUGUCAAUUGUAUGUGCAGCUGCAUUUCAUAUGUACUCGUAGACACAUUCGGUUUGUUAUAUCAGUUACUGAAAGCUUUUAGGUCUCUGUAUCUAUUUCCGUUUUUGCAUGUUGUUAUUCUGAUUUAUUUGUCACCAGUACUUUUUGUUGAAUGUAGCAUAUGGACUCAGGAGUCGGUUGUGUUACGUCUACGUACACAUCUACUAACCCAGAGUUGUAUUUCCGGGAUGGUAAACGCAGAACUGAUUAUGUGCUUGCUUAUCGGUUUUCCACGUCGAAAUAUAAUGAUCAAAACCGACGCCUCCUAUUUCUCAAUGAGCUAGCAAAGCAGAAAAUAGAAAUAGAAGUUGAAGAUUCUAAUGGUAAUCUACUUGGUGCUACUGUAGCAUCAAAUGAAGAUGAAUUUUCAUCAUUAACUCUUAAACCAUCAUUUAUGCAUUUACAGGCCAAUGCACCUCUUCACCCAGGAGAAUAUUCUGAAUCUCUUAUGCCUACUUCAUCUAUUGAUUAUGCAGAACCAGAUAAACCAACAGAUACAAGUCCACCAUCGUGCAUGGAUCGUUAUCGUCACCAAGCUUUGGAUGACAAAACAAUUUUGAUGACUCCAGAUAAUUUAGUCUUCGUUAAAUUACAUGCUUCAUGGGAAGCAAUGACAUAUUAUGCAGAGUAUUUAAAAAUGCGUAAACCACUUCGUCAACUGGAGAACCGACCACCUAAACCUUCUGUUUUAAAAGAUUAUUUUAAAUGUUUACAGUCGGACAAAAAUAUUAUCAAACCAAUCGAUUCAUGUUGUACUUGGCCAUUUUCACUGAAUAAGCAAUACUUAUUUGAUAUACCAGAAAAUAAAGAUGAAUUUUUCACUGCAGUUGAACGAGCUCUUGUCUUAGAUCAUAUUCUACGGCGUACCGGUUAUAAAUCAGAGGAUUUAGUGAAUACUGAAGAUGUAUACGAACCUAGCAUUAGUGAUAUUGUAACAAGUCAUGACCUCGCAGAUGAAAACUCGGGAUCAUCGAAUCAAGCUAAUUCAUUGUAUGUAAUGGCAACAAAAAAUCUAGGCAUAACUAAACUGAUUUCCGAUGGAAUUUUCUCAGCUGCUUAUCCAUUACAUGAGCCAACUGAAAAGUUAUCAUUAAUAACUUUACAACAAAAAACAAUAUCUCCCAGUUGUUAUGGGCCUGCUGGUAAUACUCUGGCGCCGACCGAAUUCAAUAAUCGAAUCUUACUUCAACGUUAUUGGGCUUCAUAUAAAAUGUUAUUUAAAUGCCAACCUAUCAGUUAUAUUCGAUAUUAUUUCGGUGAAGCUGUGGCUUUUUAUUUUGCUUGGCUUGGUUUCUACACAGCUUGGCUUUUACCGAUUGCAAUAUUUGGAAUUCUUGUUUUUCUUUUCGGUUUAUUGGAUUUAAAAUCCGACUCGAUUAUCCAUGAAGUAUGUGAUCUCGGUCACAACAUAUAUAUGUGUCCAUUAUGUAAAUCAUCUAAAUGCAAAUUUUGGACUCUGGACAGAUCUUGUUUACGUACUAAGUUAAUGCGAUUAGUGGAUCAUGAAGGGACUGUUUUAUUUGCUGUGGUUAUGUCUUUGUGGGCUGUAAUAUUUUUCGAAAUGUGGAAACGUAGGCAAGUCUCAUUUGCUUAUCGUUGGAAUGUAUACUCACUGGAACCAAUGGAUCAACCGCCGAGACCAGAAUUUAUGGCAUUACUUAGUAAAAUGUGUCCUCGUAAAAUGAAUCCUUUAAGUGGAUAUGUAGAACCAUUUAUUCCAUUUUGGCGACGUAAAGUACCAAUUAUCUUUCUCAGUUUCUCUACUGUUCUGUUAACUGUGAUGCUCACAUUAGCUUUUCUUGUUGGUGUGGUUUUAUACAAAUUAGUGAUCAAAGCAAUUUUGUAUCGUCAUCAUAAUCCUAUGGUACAAAGUACCUCUGGUAUGAUUGCUACUAUGACUGGAUCUUUAGUUAAUUUAGUGACAAUAUUCUUUUUAAAACUAAUUUAUGAUCGUAUGGCCAUUAAAUUGACUGAUGUUGAACAUCAUCGCACACAAGUGGAAUAUGAUAAUAGUUUAACGCUAAAAUUAUACCUAUUACAAUUUGUCAAUUAUUAUUCGUCAAUAUUUUAUAUUGCAUUUAUACAAGGUACAACUUCAGCUGUUCCUGGUAGUGAUCAUAUAUUAAUUCAGUCAACUGGUUGUGACCAAGGUGAUUGUCUAUUCGAAUUAUUCAUACAACUAGUUAUAAUUAUGGUUGGUAAACAAAUAUUUAGUUUUAUUCAAGAAUCUUUAAUGCCUAUUCUAUGGAAAUUAUUUUUCAAAUUUCGUUCAAUGAAACGUUCAUCUAAUCAUGCUAAUCAUAAUUAUAUGAACAGUACAAAUUAUAAUGAACAGAAUUCAGUGACUACUUCUCUUUUACCAGCAAAAUAUCGUUCGUUGCGUGGACGAAAUAUUCUAUGUCGUGCUGAUUUUAAUAUGUUAGAUCCUGGAUCUAGACCAUUGUUUAAUGAGUACUUAGAAAUGAUGAUUCAAUAUGGAUUCAUCACUAUGUUUGUCCCUGCAUUUCCACUUGCACCAUUAUUUGGUUUAUUAAACAAUCUGUUUGAGAUUCGUGGUGAUGCUAAAAAAUUAGUGAAUCAAUAUCGUCGUCCAGUUCUUGAAAGAGUUCAAACAAUUGGUAUAUGGUUGUCGAUCAUUACUGUUCUCGCAAGCAUUGCUAUUCGAACUAAUGCUUGUAUUAUUGCAUUUACUACUCAGUUUAUUGACCGAUGUGUAUACCGUUAUACUUAUAGUCCAGAUGGUACUAUGAAAGGUUUUGUGAAUUUCACUCUCUCCUAUAUGUCUACAACUCGUUUUGAUGUUCCAACUAAUGAAACUUAUUGCAGAUAUGAUUCUUAUCGUUCACCACCUUGGUCUUCAGAACCAUAUGUAUUCACUUCCGUUUAUUAUCAUGUGUUGGCAGCUAAAUUCAUUUUUGUUUUUGCUUUUGAAACUAUAGCGACUAUUCUAACUAAUGUGAUCAUGGCAGCUGUACCGGAUGUCCCUAAACGUGUUAGAAAGCAAAUAGUUCGUGAAACCAAUAUUACAAAUGCAAUUAUUUUAAACGCAGAAGUUGGCAAUCAACAAUAUAAUAAUGCGAUUACAAAAGAUGUAAACUUUCAGAAAAUUUUCAUGUUAAAACAACAACAUGAGAAACUUCAAUCUAGUAAUUGUAAUAUUAAUAAUGAAGUGACUGAGAACAACGAUCAAGAAAGAAAUAUUGAUAGAAAUGAAAUUUGUUCUCAACCGCUUGUUUAUAAAUAUGUGAGUUUUGAAAGGCUACCACGUGUUACACUGGUAAGUAUUUUCAUUUUGAACGGUGUAUUAUUAGCCUAUAUUCUAACAUAUUUGUUUUAAUGGCUGAAUUCAUGGGUCAAUCUAAGCUAGACCACCAUUGAAAACCCGGAAGCACUUGACGGCCGUUUCGUUCUAGUAUAGGACUCCUUGACAGUGCUCAUCAGCGAUCCCUCACUCGGGACUCGAAUCGAUGAACUUUCGUCUCGCGCGAACGCUUUACCUCUAGACCGCUGAGCUUGUAUCUAAUGGUAUUACUCAUCAAUGAACGGUUGUAUUAAAACCUAUCAUAUUAGGAAGCGAUUCAGAAUUAUUAUAGUUAUCUAUAUGUGUAACACUAAUUUAUGAGUUUUAAACAUGUAUAUAAAGUCAGUUAUUUAGAAAAGCGACUUGGAUUUUACUGGCAAACAGUAUAUUUCUUUAAUAUUAUUAAAGAUGCACACAUUACUAUGAAGCCAUGAUGAAAAACUGAUUGAAAAGAAAUAUUUCUUUGCUGUAUUCGCCUUUUUACUGAGAGUAAAAAUCGUUUAAUUGAAUAUAUGUUUGCUCACAGUUAAGUAUUGUAAAUAGAAAAUUUAUGGAACAUUGCAAAAACUUCCCUUUAAUGAUAUUCCUUUUCCAUCGCAUACGUUUCAUUGUAAUCACUCCUAGUUUUCUUUUUUCAAAAAACAAAUAAUAAGGAAAUAGCUAUUAGUUCCGCUCUAGUUUGACGAUAUUAAACUUUGUGAUAAAUGUAUACUGUGAUAUGUGUAAUCAAUCGAAACUAUGAUAAGUAUCGUUAUUUAUUUAUCCUUUCGAUAAUAACGGUCAUAUUACAUCGCUAGCGUACAUUAGUCUACAAAUAUUGGUCAUCUGUUUCUAACUCAACAACACAGUGAUAACAAGUUUGCUCUGUAGUUUAAAGGUCUUGAAUUCCAUUUUACAUGAACAAUAGUACAUUCUGGUAGAGAGCUUCAAACUAAAAUAUCAGACUGUUGUUUGUCAAAUUUAGAUAGGAUUAAAUAUAUUGGACAUUUAUCUGAGGGAUUUGAAGAGAUGAGUUGAAAUCGGAUGGUUAUCAGUUAACUUUCCUACAUAUCUUUUGACUAAACACUAAGCAUUUGUUCAGUAAUGAUUGACUUUGUGAUCAGCUAUAGUUGUAGCAAGGCUUUAUGUCUGGUGUGAGCAGUAAAACAGUUACCUACUACGCUACAUCGAGAAUAGUUGGAAAUGUAGACCACUAUAUGUCUGUUCAGUGAUCUAAAUGGUAACACGCUAACCGUAGGAUUUAAGGAUACUAAGUUCUAUCCUGAAGAGGGUUGUGAGUGCACGCACAUUGCAGAGGAGUUCCAUACUAGGACAAAACGACUGUCUACUGCUUCCCAUAAGUGAUACCAAUUCACAGCAAAAUUUUACUUCAACAUUAUACACUAUCAUUCACUUCUUUAGGCAUGUAAUGUCAGCACCUAAAAUUCACUUGUAAACAUGAAAAUAUCUCACCCUUUUACUUCUGUCCUAUCUGCUUUUUUUUUUCUCUCUCUCUCUCUCUCUC